AUGGAGGCGGAGUGGGACUGGGACGGGACGGACCCGCAGGACGCCACGGAGAUGGACGAGUUCGAAAGGGUGGCGCUCGCCGCCGGGGUGCUCGACGUGAACCCGGGCGGCCAGGAGAGGUUCGAGAGGGAGUGGGAGCAGAUGGAGGACGAGAUCUACCGCCAGGUGCUCGCCAUCGGCUCCUUCGCGAGGUUGGAUAAUGAUGGGGAUGGACGUAGGGAAUUCGGUCGUCAAACCGCACUGCACACCUAUCUUGGCGACGUUGAUGAUAUACCGGGCAGAAAAGCUACUCUCUUAGAUGCUGGUUCGAUCCUCACCUUGCCAAUGCUCUUUCUUCAUGGUGUCGUCCUGUUUCCUGGAGCUACCUUGCCUCUGAAACUAAUUGAGGUUAGGUUUGUGGCAGCUGUCGAGAAGGCUUUAAGCCGUGAUGAUGCUCCAGACACAAUAGGCGUGGUUCUCAUGCACGGACGACCAAAUCAUCGAAAUUAUGCUAAUGCUUCAGUUGGAACCACAGCAGAGAUACGGCAACUUGGACGGUCGGAUGAUGGUUCAAUAAAUGUUAAAGCACGUGGUCAGCAACGAUUUCGUCUGAUCCGUUACUGGGCGGAUGUUGAUGGGGUGUGGGGUGAGGUUCAAAUUAUCGAGGAAGAUCCUCCACUAAGAACUCCAAGAGGUGCAUUUGCACAGCUAGCUGCAUCUAGGAGCUGCCAGCUGCAUACUUCUUCACCAGUUAUGAGCUUGGAUGUGUCACCAAUGAAACAACAGGGCCAUAUGGAUUCAGGUCUACAUGGUGAUACUCCUUCUGCAAGUGAUUCAAGUUCACAGUCUAGCAAUUCAAUGAAGCCCUAUGUUUCUGGUCAGUCAGGCGAGAAUGCCAAUAUGGAUGAGGAGGAUUCUACUUGCUCGACACCCUCGAGUACAAGAACAGAUACAAAGAACCAGUACAACGCUGCUAAUUACUCGAAGCAGCCUCUUCAGGCAUCAUUGGCCUUUUGGCCUCAAUGGGCUUAUGAAAUGUAUGACCCAUAUUCACUUGCUUGUAGAGCUGCUGAUUUGUGGAGACUGAUAAUCAAAACGCCAAGCAUUGAUGAGCUUGUAAAAAAACCAGAUCUUUUGUCAUUUUACAUCGGAAACCAACUUCCAGUAUCGGAACCUGUGAGACAAAAAUUGCUGGAGAUUAAUGGGGUUUCGUAUCGCCUACGAAGGGAGAUCCAGCUUCUAAAGGCCUGUGAUCUUAUAAAAUGUGGAUACUGCAAGUCUGAAAUAGCAAAACACAGCGAUGUGGUGGUGAUGUCUAGCGAUGGGCCUCUUGGUACUUACGUCAACAAUCAUGGGUACGUGCAUGCAACGAUUACUGUGAACAAUGCGACGGGGCUUGCUCUCGAGGGGGAUCCCACAGAAGAACACAGCUGGUUUCCAGGAUACGCCUGGACUAUCGCGUCGUGCGCGUCCUGCGGUUCCAACAUAGGCUGGCUGUUCAGUACCACCAAGAGGCAUCUAUACCCGAAAUCCUUCUGGGGGAUCCGCAGCUCCCAGAUCGCGGAUGUUGUAGAUGUAGAACAACAGGAGGAGGAAUGA